AUGCAAAUAACAUCGACAAACGGUAAUACAUCUCGUUCAAAUAAUGAUAAUAAAAUAUUAAAAUAUAUUUGUUCAUAUAUAAAAUAUAAAUUUGAUAAUCUAUUUGCUCAUGGUUUAAUUUUUAUUAUUCCAUUAUUAACUAUUAUAAGUGUAUUUAUUAUAUUAAUAUUUAGUAUAAUUUAUUAUUAUACUGAAGAAACAGAUGAUUAUGAAGAUGCAUUAUGGCAAACAUUUACACGUAUACUUGAUCCAUGUGCAGCAGCAGAAGAUGAAGGUUUAAAAAAUCGAAUUAUAUCUGGAAUUGUUAUACUUUGUGGUCUUGUUAUUGUUGCAGUAUUAAUUGGUACAAUUGUAACUUUUAUGGAUGAAAAAUUAAAUGAAUUAAGAAAAGGACGUACAACAGUUAUUGAAAAGAAUCAUACAAUAAUUUUAGGAUGGUCACCAAAAAUAUUUGAUAUUAUUAAUGAAUUAAUUAUUGCAAAUGAAAAUCAACGUAAUCCUUCAAUUGUUAUUUUGACAUCAAAAGAUAAUAGUGAAGUUCAAUAUAUGAUUAAAGAUAAAAUAAAUAAUUCAAGAAAUACAAGAAUUAUUUAUAGAAAUGGUAAUCCAAUGUCGAUCAAUAGUUUAAAUAAAUUGAGUCUUAAUCAAGCACGAUCAAUAAUUAUACUGGCACCGGAAAUAAACAAUCCUGAUGUUAGAAUGAUAAAAACAAUAUUAGCAAUUAGAAAUAAUCCACGACGAAAUAACAUUAAUUUUCAUAUUGUAGCCGAAAUAAAAGAACGAAUUAAUUUAGAAGCGGCAAUGAUUGCAGGCGGAGAUGAAGCAUUAUUUGUCUAUGCCGAUGAAAUAAUUGCACGUAUUAUAGCUCAAUCAUGUCGACAAAGUGGUUUAAGUAUAAUAUUAACAACUUUAUUAUCAUUUCAAAAUGAUGAAAUUUAUUUUAAACAUGAAAGUGCACUUAUUGGUAGAACAUUUUAUGAUGCUGUAUUUUCAUAUAAUAAAUGUUCAGUAAUUGGAUUGAUGUUAUCCGAUGGAACAGUUAAAAUAUUUCCUCGAUUAAAUACAAUAAUAAAUAUUGAUGAUCAAAUUAUUGUUAUUGCUGAAGAUGAUGAUAAAAUUAUAUUAUCAUCCGAUUAUUGGUUACGUAUUAAUAAUGCAUAUUCAGGAUCAACAUCAUCAUCAUUAAUUAAUCAUAAUACAGUUUUAUUAUCAAAUCCUAUGACUAAACGAGCAACAAAAAGAAUUGAACAAAAUCUUCUACUCGGAUGGAAUAAUAAAGCUCCAUUGAUUGCUAAAGAAUUGGAUACUUAUGUUGCUCGUGGUAGUGAACUACAUAUAUUAACAAAUUCUGAUACAAUAACACAAUUUAUAAAUGAACAAUUAGUUAAUGAAUUAACAGAACAAAAAAUAUUUGUACAUUCUGGAAGUUUAACAAAUAAGUUUGAUUUAGAAAAAUUAAAUUUAUUUUCUUAUGAUUAUGUUAUGUUAUUAGCAAAUGAAGAAAGUGAACAACAAAAUUUAAUUGAAGAAGCUGAUGCUGAAUGUUUAAUUUGUUUAUUAUAUUUACAAAAUAUUAUUGAUAAAUCAAAUAAUGAAAAAACAUUUAGUAUAGUAGCAGAAAUGUAUGAUAUACGUAAUUGUCAAUUAGCAAAUACAACAUGUGCCGAUGAUUUUAUUGUUAGUCCAAAUUUAAUAUCAAAAUAUAUUUCACAAUUAUCUGAAAAUAAAAAUAUAAAAAAAGUUUAUGAUGUUUUAUUAACAGCUGAUGGUCCUGAGAUUUAUUUAUGUUUAGCAUCAAUGUUCGUUCCACUAGAAACACCAAUUAGUUAUUAUCAAAUUUUACAAGAAACAUUAAAAUAUCAAUGUUUAGCAAUUGGUUAUAGAUUAAUGAAAUAUUUACAUGAUGAAACAAGAUUUUUUGGAAUUGUUUUAAAUCCAGAUAAAGAAGAACAAAUUAUAUUUUCACAAAAUGAUAAAAUUAUUAUUUUAGCUGAAAACUUUAUUAAAAAAAAUACUAUUUCUAAAUAUUUAUUAAAACGUUUAAUGCCUUAUACAGUAACACCGACACCAUCUCUUACUCUUCCAGUUACAAAUUCAAUUUCACUCACAGCUUCUGAUAUUAAUUCUUAUCGUGAAAAUGGUUAUCAUGUUGUACCUGAUCUUCUUUCUCCUUCUCAACUUGAACAAUGGCGAACAAUUAUAUUUGGUGCAGUAAAAGAUCGUGCAGAAAGAAAGUAUAAAUUGCCUACAGUGAAUGAAGAAGAUCAUACCAAUGUUGAUUUUGAUUAUUAUGAUAAUGUAUUCACGCAACGUAUUAAUUUAUGGCAAACACAUAAUUCUGUUAAAGAACUCUUACUACAAAGUGGAAAUGUUAUUGGUAAAAUUGCCGCUGAAUUAGAAGGCAUUGAUUGUGUUAGAAUUUGGUGUGAUCAAGCAUUAAUUAAAGAACCAUUUGCAAAUCCUACUUCCUGGCAUUUUGAUGUUACAUAUUGGUCAUUCACUUCUUUGCAUGCAAUAAGUGUUUGGAUUGCAUUGGAUGAUUCAACAUUAGAAAAUGGUUGUAUGUAUUUUAUGCCUGGAUCACAUAAAGUUGUAGAACGUCGUUAUUAUGAAUCAAACAAUACAUUUCCAGAGAUAAAAAUCGGUAAAAAUAUGGCUGAUAUAUUCGCUAUUUAUCCUGAGCUAAAACAAAUGCCAACAGUAGCUGUACCAAUGAAAGCAGGAAGUGCUUCAUUUCAUAGUAGUCUUCUAAUUCAUGGUGCUAAUGCCAAUAUGACACCAGGAAGAAGACCUGCAAUGACUAUUCAAAUGAUGCCGGAUAAUAUGGUUUUCAAUGGUAAACAAAAUAUUUUAACAAAAGAACAAAUGAAUAAAUUAGAAAUAGGUGUCUCUGUUUUUAAUGAUGAUAAUUGUAAUCCCAUAUUAUAUAAAAAAAUUAAAUAA